UCCCUGAGGUCGCCUCGUAAGUGAGCGGCGCACGCCGAGCGUCUCCUUGGGCCGCUAUUGCCAUGGUUGCUCCUGGUGACGUCGCCCCUGCCGGCGAGGGGCUGCUCUAUGCCGAGUACUUGCCGCCCUCGGCCAAACGAUCAGACGCCGACAUCAACCACCUACUGGCAAGAAGUUUAAUAGCUGUAGGACUGGGUGUUGCAGCCUUUGCAUUUGCAGGUCGCUAUGCAUUUCAGAUCUGGAAACCUCUAGAACAAGUAAUCACAGAAACUGCAAAAAAGAUCUCAAAGUCUAGCUUUUCACCCUACUAUAAAGGAGGAUUUGAACAGAAAAUGAGUAGACGAGAAGCUAGUCUUAUUUUAGGUGUAAGCCCAUCUGCUGACAAGGCCAAGAUUAGAACAGCCCACAGGAGAAUCAUGAUUUUGAACCACCCAGAUAAAGGUGGGUCUCCUUAUUUAGCAGCCAAAAUAAAUGAAGCUAAAGACUUACUGGAAUCAAGCAUUAAACGCUAACUGAUG